AUGCCCAACAAGCCCAUCCGUCUGCCGCCGCUGAAGCAGCUGCGCGUUCGCCAGGCCAACAAGGCCGAGGAGAACCCUUGCAUCGCCGUCAUGUCCUCGGUUCUCGCUUGCUGGGCUUCCGCCGGUUACAACUCGGCCGGUUGCGCCACGGUCGAGAACGCCCUGCGCGCGUGCAUGGACGCGCCCAAGCCUGCGCCCAAGCCCAACAACACCAUCAACUACCACUUGUCUCGCUUCCAGGAGAGACUCACUCAGGGCAAGUCGAAGAAAUAA